UUUCAAUCAUCGAAAAAAGGUCGUCCGGCAGCAAUUGUGUUCUGUUAUGUAGUUUUCGACUGGUGGAUAAACCUUUCACACAUUUUCAACACCAAUCCCAACAAAUUCAAAUGUUUCGCCAACAUUUCGUAUUAAAAUAGAAGCACAAACAACUAAGAAGCGGUCGAGGAAUUUCGCGAGGCCCCAAGUGUAGUUGAAAAAACCCAUCUGACAGCACCCGAGUUCUCAAUUUUCUAUAGAAAAGCGAACGAAAACCCAAGUAGCAAGUGCCCCCGAGUGAAGACCAAGUCAAAGUGACCAUCGACGACGGACCAGAUGCGCCAGCCAAGACAACCGCUCCAAAGUCCAGCCGAGUCCACAAACUGAAAUCCCCCAGCCAGCCGGAGAAACCAACCAAUUCGAACCAAGAGUCCAGGUGAUAUGUGGUACCAAAAGCAUACUAUGAACCCGCAGCCCUGUGUACCGGUGGUGCACGAACAGAUCGCGCUGCAGUGCGCCCGGAGCAUUUUGCGGAUGACCUCCACUCUGCCACAGCCACCGUCUCGCACUCCGUCCGGUCAUGUGCCCAUCCUGGUGGAGCUGCGAUGCACAGACGAGCCCACCGUCUACCGCUAUCAGGUUAAUAUGCCGUCCUGGAGCCUCUGGCCGCAGGAGCCAAAGCCGCCGUCGUCGUCGGACAGCAGCUCCGAUCCCGAGUUGCAGGUGCUAAUGCUUCCAGAAUCAACGGACUCGCUGGUCCCAAAGUUGCCGGAAAUACCACCCUGUCCCAUGCACGGGCCCUCCGGCCGGGAUGCAAUGCCGGUGUCAACAAAACCCUUGGUGAUGAGCCAAUCCUUUGUGCAUGUGGUCGACCCAUUGGAUUUCUCGGUCAACCCGACCAUCAUAACCACCUGCAGUGCCCCACCCAUGGCCGGCAAGGUCGCUGACUCCAUUCAGGAGCACUUUGAGGCCACUCUAUUUGAGGAGCGGCAGAGUCCGCUGUCCUACGAAAACAUCUGGCUGCCGGAUGAUCCGGAAGCUGUCACAGCUUCUGCUUCAGAUUCAGCUUCAGCUUCAGUUUCAGCGUCAGCUUCAGCUUCAUAUUAUACUCCAGCUUCAUCCCCAAUCUCAUUGUCACCGCGGCGUUACCAGGAUGUGCCACCGCCGACCCGACGCUUUCCACAACAGCUCUUCCUGGACGAGAACAACGAGUACGUGGACUCCAGCGAGGAGCGUCCAACUAAUGGGCCUAGAACCGAGGCCGCAAUAACUCGGAGCGAGUGGGCUAGAAUCCCCGAACUGUGUCUGGAUAGCAAUGGGGAGUAUGUGCCAAAUCAGCUGCUCCAGCGUCCUCUCAAUGGUUACCGGCUGGAGAACCAGCCAGUGCAGCAUCCUCCCAGGCAGCAGCAGCAACAGCACCAGCAGCAACAGCAGCCCCACCAGCAGAUGCACCACCAGAAGCAGCAGCAGCCGCCGGCCCACCCUCCCAUGAGACUUAACGGCCUCAACGGUUUCAAGACCCCAAAGAGCUUCCCCCCUCAACUCAACGGUAUCCACAAGAACGGCUAUAAGCCGGCUGACCAGUAUAUGGCCUACACCGAUCAGGACAAAGUGAUGCGUCUGCGCUUCCAGGAGCACUUCAACGACUGGUCGAAGCAGGUGCCGGCCCGAGGCGAGCAGCAUAUGGAGCGAUUGAUAAAUCAAAUGACAACGGAGCCCCUGCCGCGUGUCACAGGAAAUCUGUUUCUAGAUGCUGUUGUGCCGGCGGAGGCACUGCCGCAGCCCCACAGCUACCGGGAGCCGCCGACGUUCUUCCGCUGGAAUUACUGCACUCUGUGCCAUACGGCCAUGCGGACUGUCCGCAACUCAGUUGACCAUUAUACAUCGCGGGCCCAUGAGCGACGGGUCAGCACCUUUCUGGGCCGCUUGCGUUUUGACAAGAAUCUGUCCACAAACCCGGCCCUGGGAGAUAUCCUAGCACUGCCGGAGCAAGUGCUUCGUUUCUUGCAUAAGGACCGCCCCUCGGAUCUCUACUGUGACCUGUGCGACCUUCGACUCACCUCGAUUAUCCAUGCCGAGCAGCACUUUUUCGGUCGUCGCCACCGCCAGAUGGAGCGUCAGAUGAGCGAGGAUCACGGCAUUUACACCAUGCAGAGCCACUGGAUGCGCAAGGACACCAAGUUGCUGAUGUGCGAGCUGUGCGACGUGAGCAUCACGUCCGAGUCUCAGAUGGCCAUGCACAUCUCUGGCAUUCGCCACCGGAAGCGUGCCCACAUAGCACGAGCACGUGGCAUCUUUGGCCUGGGCCCGAUACCCGUCGAUGGCAGCCACAUGUUCGAGAUCAACAACAAUGGCACCCUGGCACCGUUGCGUCCGCAGGUUUCCAGCGCCAUCCAGUACCGCCCUUGGGGCGACCCCAGUGCCGCCUACUACUGUGAGGCAUGCAACGUGACGCUGAACCACCUGAAGUCGGUGAGGCAGCACGAGAACGGGCGCAUGCACCAACGCAACCUGGUGCGCCUGCCACAGAAGUGAUCAGGAUCAAGGAUGAUCGAGAGGAACAACAUUGAGUGAUGUUAGUAUGGAAGUAGCAGAGAGCAGUUCGAUUUAACCACCCCAGUCCGGAUCGAAGAAGCCGGUCCGCGUUGCAGUGCUGCGUGUUAAUUGCAAUUUAUUUUUGAUCUAUAUA